GAAUUUCCUUCGAUUUCCAUUUACCCAAUGCUAAUAUGGAAAUCGCAGAAUGCCCCCGAAGGGCAGACAGGUAAUAUUUAUCUCCAACCCGCCCAAUGAGCUCACAUUUAAUACGUGGUCGGAGGUAAACACGCACACGAAUUGUAUCUGCCGACAUGUCUAAGAGGAAAUUGGCCAGAAGCGGCUAACUAUUCGAGUUUCCCUCUGUUCCUCAGGUCUGGUGGGGUAUCGUAAUACUAGAACGCCCGGACUUGUAUAAAAUAAACAGGCAAAGGUACAAUAAAUUGAGGCGAACUUAUUUGUGUGUGUGCGCGAGCAACAAAAGUACAAGAAAAUACAAAUAUCGAACACAAUGGAAACAAUAAUGUGCGAAACGAUUGGAAAUGCGCCACAGUCGCUGACGCUGUCUCCACCGACGGUUCCCUCUCUGUCUCAGUCUAUAUCUCUAUAUCUCUGGGCCAGUCCGGUCAGCGUCCGAUUCUCAGUCAGAAGCAGCCGGCUACCCGGAGGGCCAACAACAAGUCGCAGGCGCGAAAAGGCAAUCGAUUGGAAUUAUCGGAGUAAUCGUUUAAAUGUAUAAAAAUCUUCCGGGUAUACGCCCUAAUGUCAAACUGAAGAGAGAGUCGUCCACUGAAAAUAUAUCGAUAACAAUAAUCGAAUUAAUCGAAAAUAAUUGAUCAAAAAAAGUCUACGAUUUCAACGAUGAAGCUUAAAAUGAUAUGAGUGCCCUAAACAAAGUAUUCUAAAUAUUAAAAUUAAAAUGAUAGACUUUAGACUGAUUUUUGUGUUUCUCCGUAGAGCAGAAAGUAUACUUAAGUGUAAACUAUCGAAAUUAUCGCAUAAAGUUUCGCCAGCCUAUCGGUGUUAACUGUUGUGCCGAAAUUACGGAAUUUUGAGUUAGCUACGUUUGUCAAUUAUUUUUUCUUUUUGUUACAAUAAACAAUAUCCAUAAUCUUAUAAAAUUCAGCAAAUCGAUAACCAUUUUCUGUUAUUUCCGUGCUAUCCAACCGUAUCAGAGUGAGGAAAACGUAUUGAGCUCGCCAAAAUACCUUCGCUGGCAUCCAAGCAGGUGAAAAGUGUUAAAGUGCAAUGUGCUAAUUAUGUCACACGGGGCGUAUGCGUGCUGUUGAAAGCCAAUAGCAAGUGAAAGCCAAGUAAGAGGCGCAAACGGGAAACAGAAAGUCGAGUCGCGUCGGAUCGAAUCGAAAAGAAAGGAGAAGGUGGCAAAGGAAAAGGUCUAAACGGCCAUUCAAUACUUGUUGAAUCAUUAGCUGUGUGAGUGUCGAGUGCGACUGUGGAAACAAACAAAUGUCAACUGCCAAUGCCCCUGGAGUGUAAAAAGAAAGAUGAGAUAAAUACAAGUCGAGUCGCAGGGGAAUCGGAAACGGAAUCGGAAUCCGUGGAAAUCGAAAAUGAAGUGUCAGCGUUUUGGGAUGAAAUUAUCAAUUGGGCCAGCUGCUGCUGAAAUGUGAUUUAGCCACCUGCCUGGGGGGAGGUGUUCUGCGGGUGCUAGCCGCGUGUAGAAGGUGUGUGCGUGUGGACAACAAAGGAAAUAAUGUCAUGCAUUGGCUCGACGGCAUUUCUUUGGAUGACAAUUUAAUUAGCGGACGCGCCAGCGGCAGCAACGGCGACAACAGCGACGGCAAUCAGCGGAAAUCAACGCAGUCGAGCUCAUCGCCCACCAAAGCAAAACGAAGACGUCAUGCACACUAUAAGCUAAACAGCAGAUUGGACAGAAAGUCUUCGCGGGGCAUGAUAUACGAAAAUGAGGAACUCAGGCUGCGCACGAUUAACAUUAAUGCAGAAGUGGAACGAGGGCAAUCGGACAUCAAGCGCCUGCGGCGGGAAAAUGAGCAACUGCGUCGGGAAAUCUGGACUUUGCGGGACGAGUGCGACAGGCUCAACAAGCGCUUCAAGGCGAAGCUCAGCGAGCACGAGUUUGGCGGCUGCAGGGGCAGCGGCGGGAGUGGCGGCACCUGCCACGCCUACCGCUGUAGCGGCGGAGGCGGUGGGCGUGGGAGCGGAGGUUGUGAUGUAAACAGUGAUGACUCUGACUCAUGUGAUACGUGUCGUGGGGCAGACGACGGCCACUGCAGCGACGAGUGCUGCCAGGAGGGUGGAUCCUGUGCGCCCCUGAAGCCCCCACUACCGCCCGAGGUGCCCAGCCACCCGUCUCCAUCCAAGAACGAGGAAGGUGGGUCUGGCGCCCAGAACAAGGAGCAGCAGCCCAUGCACUUCGAUCACCUUUCAGUGGUCUCCGAGGAGACCCUGAGCAACCCGGAGCUGAUGCUCGCCCAGCAGCAGGAGCACCUCACGAUCUGCCCGCCAGACCCCCACGGGUCGCAGAGCACUUUGCCCAGCGGAAUGGGACCACUCACCCCGCUCACGCCCAUCGAAAAGGUGGCCAACCAGCUGAACGACCUGCAGGCGAUGGUGCCACCAUUGUCCUACUUCGAGAACAUCCUGGCCCAGCACAUGGGUGCACGAAAUGCGGCCCAAACGCCCUCUCCGGAGUUGGGAACGAGUUCAAGCACCACCACGGGCAAGACGAUGCGACACACGAACGGCUGGGACUACAACCUGCAGUCGCCCUUCACGCAGCGCAAGUACUCCGACCUGUCGUCGCCGUCCCGCUCGCCACCGCCGCCCGUGAGUACGAUGACCACCUUUGUGCCCACGUCCACUCUGCAGACGAUGCCCAGGAUCGCCCUAAAUGCGCCACCGCAUCUACCGGCAGGGGGCGACAUCGAAACGGUGGCCAUCACCACGAAUGCCGCCAAACAUGCGCUCAACAGUCCAAAGCACUUCUUUGCGCCAAUCAAGCCGCGCCUGAAGCUCAACACCAAGUUGGCUAACCAGGGCCAGGACCUAGAGCAGGAUGACCUACCGCCAGGGUCUCCGCCGCCGCCCCUGCGAGAUCCACCGGAUAUAUUCGUGAACAACGCCCUGGCCUCGCCCUAUCAGCGACGGGUGUCUCCUCAAGUAAGUCCUCGUCACCGGCGGUCCACUCACUCGCAUUGCCACGCCCACAGCCACCAGCGCAGCCGCCAGCGCCCACAGCCGACCCACUGCUCCCUGCACCGGGCGGUGGUGGAUGUGGCCGCGGCCGUUGGUUUGGGGGAAGUGGGUCUGCACCCGGGAUCCAGUGUCCUGGACAUAUAUACCGCUGCUCUGGCGGCAGCUGCUGCCGCCAGGUGCUCUCCAUUUCCGACGGCCCGAUCGGCGGAACCCAUCUAUGCCACAGCACAAAAGCCAGGCCAGAAUACGUGCAUCUCGGCCACGGCUUUCACACAGCCGGUGAUGACCAUCACCACCCACUCCACCAAGACCACCACUUCGCCUUUAAGAUUGGCCGGCAAGGCGAAGGCCGUUGGGGAGGCCAAGAAGGUGGCCAAGUCCGCGGAGAACGUCAGUCAGACGGAUUCAGUUAACUUGGAGUCGAUUUUGAACGACAUCGAGACCAUUUCGGAGGACAUACUGGCCAUCCAGCUGGAGAAGAGCAAGUCGCGCGACAACCUAAGCCACAGUAACAACAAGGACGACGAUCGGGCGAAGAAGCCCUACCGCUCCGAGAUGAAUCUGUAUCUGCAGUACGACGGCACAAAUCCGACCAUAUCACCCGCCACAACGGAAACGGAAAUGGGAACGGCUACACCGGCGGUGACCUCGUCCAGUGAGUCGGGGAACAGUGGGAGCAGCAAGUUAGUGCGCCGCACCAGGUCCUUGGAGAGGGAGCACACUGACAGUCCUGCCCCCCACAUUCCGGACCCCAUGGCUCCGUUUCCCGACAAGUGCACCUAUCUGGGAUUCGAGCAGGUGAACCAGGCGGCAGGCGGGGCCGGAGUACCUCUUCAGUCGCCGAAUGGCCCAAGGCCGCCCAUCGCAGCCAAGCCGAACGUACCGCUCAAGCCACCUCCCCCGCUGCCACCCGCUCGCAGGCCAACCAUGCCCUCGGAACCUCCGCCCCCGCCUCCAACCACUUCCGCUUCCGGGGUAAUCGGCCUGCCGCCCAACAAGAGUCACCUGUACAAGUCAUUGGCCUCGGCGGCUGCCAAAAGAGCCAUCUUCCGCUCAUCGCCGUCGCAGGCAACCAGAUCCCUGGAUGUGGACCUCACGGGGACGGAGGCCGAGGCAGGCGCGGACCAGGCAGCUGCUGCAAAUAUGGAUGAGUUGGCGCGGCGCAAGGCGCGACGCGUGUCCAUCGUGUGUGGAUCCGGCCAGGGGGCCCAGCCGGAUGAGGUGGCCGCGCCCGUGACUACCGUGCCCAUGGCCACCGCCAGCUGUGUGGACCUGAGCACCGUGCUCACUCACCCGAGCAUCAAGGCCUUCAAGAUGAGUCACAGCACCCCCAGUUCGCCGCAUUCCUCGCGCCGUCGCACCAACAGCAACUCGAUGGCACCUCCACCGGGAGCGACGGGUGGUGGCCAUCCAGAGGUCGGGGCCACUGCGUCGGCACCGCCCAGCACCACCCACCCCCACCACCAUCGCAAGGAGGGCAGCGAUCCGGUUCCCAUGACGGCCACUGUCAGUCGGACCAAGUGCUCCAGGCGGCACUCCGAGGGCACUGUUCACACGGUGCACAGGAACAGCUCAGCCAGCGGGGGAGGAGGUCACCACCACCACAGCCACGGCCACCACCACCCGCACAGCGGGAUGGUGAUCAGCAGCAACCCGCACCACAGCCACCAUUCCCACCAGGACAGCAACCACGAGACGGUCACCUCGCUGUCCGAUCGCAACUCCAACAGCUUUGCCUCCUCGCGGGAAUCCUCCACGAGCUUCAGCAUGCGCUCCACCCGCCGGAAGAUCUCGGUCAGCUCGCACACGGGCGGCAAGAUUCCGUGGUGCGGCUGCUGGGGCAACGGGUGCCUCUAGGCUAAGGAAGGGUUUCUUCAUCUACCGUCCAGGAACAAAACUCAGUGUAAUUCACUUAGCUGCUAAGGAGUAAAGAGCUCAUCGAAAACAUUUGCCGAAAUAUUAAUUGAAUCCACUUGACUUUUGCAAAUAGUGGAUAGAAAAAAAGCAAUUUAAAGGAAUAGUCCAAAAAUUUUGAGCUAAAAAACAAAAGACAUAGCAUAAAUUUCCUUAAAAAAAGCUAAGUUUAAUUUAACAUUACUAGCAAUAUUGAAGCAGUUACUAUCAAGUUGUCUACUCUUUAAUUGAUUAUUUUCUUAUUUAGCAAUUGUUUUGACUAAAAAUAAGGCUUAACAUUAUUGAACAAACGUGUUUAAAAACAAAAUUUUUUGUUUAUAGUUUUAUAUAACUUUGUUUUUAUUUAUGGAUCUAGGAAGGAACAUUAUCCCCUCUUUAGAAUUUGUUUAAUAACAGUUUGAGUUAAACAACUCUUCUGAUUUUCACACACUUAAACCAACUAUUGGACACAGCUAAGUGAGUUACACUGUAUUUCAUUUAUGAGUGUACAUUUCUAGACUUCAUGUAUCCAAUUUACGUGUUUGUAUAUGGCUUAGUAAUUGUAGAUUGUUUAGGAGAAGCGGCCCAGCAUUUUGUUUCUAGGAACAAAGUACAAAACAAUUUUAAAUAUUUUAAAUUUAACCAGCACGAAGCGAAAUUAAUACCGAUCUUUGUUGUACAUAAUUUCAUAGAAACUAUUAAGUAAUAGCAUUUAAACCCUGACCUCGAACAAGAAAUCAUGUAAAUUCUAUGAAACAACCUACGUUAUAAUUGUUGCUGAAUUCGGAGAGAAUACAAAUGGGAAAUAUAAAAUAAAAAAAUAUCUUUUUCUUGA